GCAAACAUGUCGGACCGCAACGUCCGCGUCAUCUGCCGCAUCCGGCCGAUGAACGAGAAGGAACUCAAGAGCGGAGGCCGCUGCUGUGUGUCAGUGGCACCGCCUCAGACCGUCUCAGUAGUCGCAGCCAAUGAAAGGGCGUCAGCGGACGACCGCACAUUCAUAUUCGACAGAGCGUUCAGCGAGAACUCGACGCAACAGGAGCUCUUCGAGGUGGCGGCCAAGCCAGUCGUCGACUCGGUGCUUGAGGGCUUCAAUGGCACUGUGUUCGCGUAUGGGCAGACAUCAUCAGGUACGAUGGUCGUAUGGGUGAGGCCACUGCACUGCGCUAUUGUGUGUGUUGCCCUGCAUGAAUGCAUUCAAUGCAUUGCAGGCAAGACACACACGAUGGAAGGCGUGGCUGACGACACUGAGCUGCGGGGGAUCAUCCCGCGUAUGGUGCAGCACGUCUUCGACGUAGUCGGUGCUGCUGACAAACACAUCCAGUACACACUCAAGGUACAUCAAACGACAUCAUGACCAAACGAUGAGCGCACACACAGACAUCCUGAACCAGAAGUGGCCCCCCCUCCCUCUCUCUCUAGGUGUCGAUCUUCGAAAUCUAUAUGGAGAAAGUGCGCGACCUGCUCACCGCCGCCACCAGCGGCAUACCCGACAUCCGCAUUUCCGAAGAAGGCAAGGGCAAAGGCAUUGUCCUCAAGGGGCUGUCGGAGCAUGCCGUGGCCACGGGGGAAGAGGUGUGGGCGCUCAUGGUGCGCGGGAGAGAGAACCGCUCUGUCGCAGUCACCAACAUGAACGCGCAUUCGUCGCGCAGUCAUAUGCUCUUCUGCCUCACUGUCCACAAGAGGGACAUCAGAGAGUUCAAAUCGUCGGUAAGCACAGCACAGCACCCAAGACGGGAAGGGCAGCACGGCGGGGGCAGCAACCGAACCGUCCUGUAUGCAUAUGUGCGUUUGUUCGUUUGUGUGGGUUGGGUGUGUGUCAGGUUGGCAAGCUGUAUUUGGUCGAUCUGGCCGGCAGCGAGAGGGUCCAGAAGAGCGGCGCAGAGGGAACCACCCUCGACGAGGCAAAGAAGAUCAACCUCUCCCUUCUCACACUUGGUACGCCCUGUAUGCGCCACCACCAUCACCACCUCUGCCUCAUUCUCUGCCUUUGGUGCAUUAGCCAACCAGGCAACGUGAUCAACGCCCUGACGGACGCCUCUUCCCGGCACGUGCCCUACCGCGACAGCAAGCUCACUCGAGUGCUGCAGGACUCAUUGGGCGGCAACGCCAAGACGACCCUCAUCAUCACCGCCAGCCCCUCCACCUACAACGAAGCUGAGACCCUCAGCACACUGCGGUUUGGCCAGCGGGCCAGGGCCAUCAAGAACGACGCACGCGUCAAUCAGGAGUACACAGUGGAGGAACUCAAGGCCCUCCUGGUGAGUGAGAGAGAGAGAGAGAAAGCGAGCAUCCGCUUUAUACGCCUGCAAGCCCAUGAGCAUAAUGCACCCCCAUGAAUGCGUGUGUGUGUGUGUGCAGGCCAAGGCAGAGAAGACGAUAGCGAGGCAGGCCCGCGAGAUUGAGGAGCUGGAGCGGCUGGUCAAGCGUCUGGGCGGCACCAAGCGGCUGUCGCAGGUGCGCGACGCCGUCGCCAUGGCCACAGCCGACAGCGACACGAGCGAAGACGGUGCCACCAAGGCCACACGCCACGCCGCCGUUGCUGCUGGUGGUGGGAAGGGGACGGGUAUGCGGUGGUACCAGCGAUUGUGGCUGUGUCCGCCCUUCGCGCCCCUGAGCACCAAGAGGGACGAGCUGCGGGUGGUGCCUGUCACCAGCGACGCCAGCUCAUACACGGCCGAGUAGAGUGAGUAGGUGGGAGUGUGUACGUGAGUGCGUUCGUGUGGGAUUUGCUGAAGGAGAGGUUCAUCGAAGGAGAGGUUUAUCGUACCUACCUGGUCUGAUUGAUUGAUUGCACGCCGAGAGGCAGGUGUAGCGUUGCGCUGUCUGCAGUUUUUUUCAAAGUGGUCUUUCAUUAGAAAGCUCAUCUUCACUCGCAGGUGUAGUUAGAUGCAUGCUGGGUGGGUGGCCGCGCCUGGCUUCCCACGUCUCUCUAUGUCUACAUAUGUUACCGUAUGGCGGUAUGGUGACAAUCUGGUGUGGUGUGUGUACUGGUUCCGGGAAGGUGUGCUGCAUGAAGGCUUUCAUUCGUGUGUGCGCGAACUUGCCUUUGUUCUUUCCGUUGACUGACUAGUGCCAUUCGUUCCCACAUACAUACGAUUGUCAACCAGCGUCCCUCCCCCUGUUUCCUUCUUCCUUCCCUGGCCCAUUCCAUUUCCUCACACACGUGUGAGCCCUUCGCAAUCAGUC